AUGGCCGUUGAUGCACAAAGUGACAAAUCUUCAGCCAAAGUGGCUAUUAUUGGGGCGGGGCUGACUGGCUUGCUGGUUGCACACGGCCUAACGAAGAACGGUUUCAAGGUGUCUGUUUUUGACAGUGAAACCAGCAUUGAUACUCGCCUCCGCGACUGGACCAUCCUUCUACACUGGGCUAUGCCGACAUUCGAGAAAUUGCUACCAGAAGAGGUUAUAAAGGCGCUUCCAGGGGCAAUCUGCAAUCCCCAUCUCACAUUCAACGAUGAAGUCGAGUGCUUACCCUGCUACAAUGGUAUCACGGGCGACAUUCUUUUCAAGAGCCCGCUUCCUGGGUCACGGCGGGUAUCCCGUCAACGACUACGUAGAGUGCUUGCACAAGGGCUAGACAUCAAAUGGGGGAAAACCCUUAGCAACAUAUCGUUUCCAUUCGAUGAUGUCGAUCAGAGUGGCAAUCCUGCAAGAUCCCCAGUGCAGCUAACGUUCGCAGACGGGCAGUCGGAAUUAGCAGAUUAUGCUCUCGGAACGGAUGGCGCAUCAUCCAAAGUACGCCAGCUCCUUUUGUGCGAUAAAGACGCCGAACCUCAAUUAUCUGGUUUUAUGUUUGCAACGGGUAUCACUGAAUACCGUGACGCGUCAAAGGUUGAAGCAGUGGUUAAGGCGCAUCCUGUUGCGGCGAUUACGUUGGGAAUGGAAGCCGUGGCAGGCUGUGGUGUACUGUCCGUCGAAGAUGAACAGGACAUGAGUACAUGGACAACAUUCUGGACCAAAAUCUGGCGUGGAAGCUUGGCCGAUCUGCCCAAGAUAGACAAUACCGUGGAAUAUAUCAAACAAACAACAGAGGGUCUGUGUGAGCCGUUUCAGUCCAUUAUUAAUUGGACUCCGCCUGAUAGCGAAUGCUAUAUCGAUGAGAUGAAGUAUUGGAUUCCAGUUCCAUACGACAACUACGCCGGAAGGGUGACUCUAGCCGGAGAUGCAGCUCACCCGAUGUUAAUUUGUAGGUAUUAA